AUGAAAAGAGCUGUUGAUCCAUCAUCCAACCCCAAUGGAGGAUUUGCCAAUAAUCCUACACAAAAGACUUCUUUUCCUGCAGGUACGGCAAAACAAACACCAACCUCUCCUGCCAGUAGUGCUUCUUCUUCAGCGUCAUCAGCUUCAUCAGCAUCAUCCAGUAGCAACAAUCUUUCUUCUUCAUCCUUUUCUUUAACAUCAUCAGCUACUUCAGCAAGUUUGCCACCCAUUCCAACAGACAACUCUUCUUCUUCUGCCUCAAGUGUUACACCAACCAUCAGUCCUAGUUCAUCAUCUGCUGCCGAUAGUAAUUCAGGAAUAUCUGGUGGUGCUAUUGGUGCCAUUGUUGCUGUGAUCAUUAUUGUCAUUGGUGGUAUUGCUGCUUUCUUCAUCAUGCGCCGUCGUCGUCAAAAAAGAAUCACUGCUCGUGCUGGUGCUGGUGCCAUGCGUGAUCCUUAUAAUGAAGGUUUUAGUACAUUUCCUCCACCACCUGCUCCCAUGGCUUUUACUUCCAACUACAAUUCAUCAUCUAGCUAUAACGAUUCUACUGCUGCUGGAUCAGCACAUCAACAACAACAACAACAACAACAAUCAUCAGUUCAACAACCGCCUUCAUCUUAUCAUUAUCAAACUCCAUCCACCUAUCCUAUUACUGCACCCAAUAUGAUUAGUACACCACCUAUGUCUUCUUCAAAUGCACCUGCAACAAUGGCCAAUGUUCCAUCAACUAUCGAUAAUACCAUUGCUCCUAUUGCUACUGCUACUGCUACUGCUGCUGCUGCUACUACUGCUGUUGCUGCCGGUAUUGCUACAUCUGGUAACACUGAUCAACAACAACAACAACAACCUGGUGAUAUUUGGCAACAACCACCUAUUGGUACCUUUACAGUGUUAACUACUUACACACCUACUUUAAGUGAUGAAAUAGAUGUACAACCCAAUGAUCAAGUUCAAAUCUUUGAAGAAUAUGAUGAUGGAUGGUGCCUUGGUAUCAAUCUGACAAGAGGACAAACCAGAGGUGUCUUCCCCAAGCAUUGUGUGACCCCUGAACAAGAACAAGCCAAUCCAUCAUCCCAUUCCUUAGCUGUCUCUGAUCAACCUACUCUCACCGCUGGUAAACGUAUUAGUUCAUUAUACAUGGAAAAUCCUCCUACCAUAGCUUCAUAA